AUGUUACCGCUCGCGCCCGUCUGUUUCCCGCUGACGUGCCCACCCGUGGCGCCACGCGGGGUCGGAGCGACGUGCGCGGACGCCGACGAAACCGCGUCGCUCCGCAGGCUCGAACACGAGCUCGAGGUGCAGGUGAGACAGAGAUCGCUGAUUCGUAAGGCGCUGGCGGACGUCACGCCGAUGGGACAGAAGACGACGCGGGGCGUGGUGGGUAACGACAUGGUGACCGACGAGGUGGACAACGCGAUGGACGACGUGGACAGCGAGCCGGAUGACGACAGGGACUUCGAGUGA